AUGUCCGUCGCAAAGACCCGCCUUUCCAGCUUGUUGGGCCACUUCAAGCAACCCCUUGACGCCAAUGGCACAGCGGCUCCCGCGCCAGUAAACACACCCAAGCACGGUGUCAACUUCCACACUCUAUCGCCGACUUUCUUCUUGCCGCGAGCUGCGGCAAUUGAGCCGGAUGCUGAGGCUAUCUACCACAUUACUGCGAAUAAUCAGAUCCUACGCCGAACGUACUUGGAGACUGCGGACCGCGCGAGAGGGCUUGCAUAUUAUCUCAAGAAACAUGGGUACAGGAGAGUUGGAAUUCUCUGCCCGAAUACACCGGCCUUUUUGGAGAGUAUAUUUGGUAUCGCAGCUGCGGGAGGUGUCAAUGUUGCUGUGAACUACCGCCUUAAAGAGGACGAUAUCGCUUACAUAUUCACCCACUCCGAAGUCGAGGUCAUUAUCGUCGACCAGGAGUUCUUACCUCUAUUGAACGCAUUCAAAUCCGCGAAACCAAACAUCCCCUUCAUUGUGGAUACAGAUACAGAUGCGAUAGAAGGGCAGCUAGCAGGACCCUUUGACCUGGCUGUUCUUGAGGGCCUGAACCAUGACCGGGACACAGGAGCCUCGGGUUGGACUCGGCUUGAAAGCCAGGCUGCUUCGGAGGAUGAUAUCGUGGCCCUUGCGUACACCAGUGGAACAACAGCGCGCCCAAAGGGCGUUGAGUACACCCACAGAGGGUGUUAUCUUGCGACGAUGGGGAAUAUCAUUGAGUCAGGGCUGAAUCCGUUUGGAGGUCGUUGUGGCUAUUUGUGGAUUCUGCCGAUGUUUCAUGCUAUGGGCUGGACAUUCCCUUGGGCAGUAACUGCUGUUCGUGGAACUCACUACUGCCUGCGAAAGGUCGAUUAUCCGCUGAUAUGGAAGCUCCUCAAGGAGGAGAACAUUACCCAUUUCAAUGCCGCUCCAACCGUCAACACGAUUCUUUGCAAUUCUCCCGAAGCCGAGCGACUUCAAGAACCGGUGCAUGUUACAGUUGCAGCGAGCCCACCGACGCCUCACCUAUUCGAACAGAUGACUGGCCUAAAUCUGCAUCCGGUGCAUGUUUACGGAAUGACGGAGACGUACGGGCCCAUCACCAAAGGCUAUCAUAUGCCAGCCUGGGAGAAGCUUCCCCGCAAGGAGAAGUUUGGCCGAAUGGCGCGGCAGGGCCAUGGAUUCGUGACAAGUCUUCCGGCGCGAGUGGUCAAGACUGAUGUGCCCGAGGGGACCAUCGUUGAUGUCGUGCGAGACGGAAAGGAGAUCGGAGAGAUUGUUUUCAUUGGAAAUAUCUGUGCUCGGGGUUAUUAUAAGGACCCCGAAGCCACGCGGAAACUGUUCGCAGGUGGUGUCUUGCACUCCGGGGAUUUGGCGGUUUGGCAUCCUGAUGGAGCGAUCCAGAUCCUUGAUAGGGCCAAGGAUAUUAUUAUCAGCGGAGGGGAGAACAUCUCGUCUGUUGCGCUCGAGUCAAUGUUGGUGACUCACCCGGACAUUCUCGAGGCUGGUGUCGUCGCUGUGCCCGAUAGCCACUGGGGAGAGCGACCUAAGGCGUUUGUGACCGUCAAGACCGGUAGGCAGCUGGAGGGCAAAGAUGUCGUCGACUGGGCCAGAAACAGCAGCGCAAUCAGCAAGUUCAUGGUCCCACGCGAGGUGGAAGUUGUCGCGGAGCUUCCCAAAACAAGUACAGGCAAAGUUAAGGAAGAACGUUCUGCGGGACUGGGCGAACGGUGCGAAUCGGACGUGAUGAAUCUUGAGUUAGAUAUAUAA